AUGGCUACAUGCUUCAGUUGUUGCAGUGAUGGUAAUAUUGCUAUGUGGGAUCUUUGUAAUCGUGAGAUGACAAGACUAUUAAGAGGUCACACUGAUGGGGCUAGUUGUGUUGAUAUUGCACCUGAUGGUAAUAAACUAUGGACUGGUAGUCUUGAUGCUACUGUAAGAUGUUGGGAUCUAAGAGAAGGAAGACAACUACAACAGCAAGACUUUAAUAGUCAGAUAUUCUCAUUAGGAUACUGUCCUACUUCUGAUUGGCUAGCAGUAGGUAUGGAGAGCAGUAGUGUUGAAGUCCUUCGUGUGAGUGGUCCAGAUAAGUAUCAGCUACAUUUACACGAGUCUUGUGUACUGUCACUCAAGUUUGCUCACAGUGGUAAAUGGUUUAUAACUACAGGAAAGGAUAAUCUACUAAAUGCAUGGAGAACACCUUAUGGUGCUAGUAUAUUCCAGAUGUCUGAAAGCAGUAGUGUUUUAAGCUGUGACAUAUCAGUUGACGAUCGUUUUAUUGUUACUAGAUCUGGAGACAAGAAGGCUACAGUGUAUGAAGUUAUACUAUGAGUAGGUGAUAUUUGACUUUUAAUGCAUGAUGCAAUCUACACUUGAGUUUAGUCUCUUUGUUACAAGUACUGACUACAAAACUCUCAUGUAAUAUAAAUUUUUUAAUAAUUCCAGUUAAGAUAUUGUUUGUCAUGUUUGCUAU